AGAGCAGAGGCAGUUCGAGUCCCCGCAGCAUUCAACCCAGUCGAAGAGGUCCAGAACAACCGAGACUGACUGUCGCCACCAGCGUCCACACUGCGGUCACUUCAAGGCGGACAACUUUUUUGACCCCUCUCCUCUCUGGAAAUCCUCAGAGAUGGACAGAAACUUUUUCUAAUUUUUCCUUUUUUUCCCAGGCGAGGGACAAAAAGAAUCCAGCGAAAAAAUAUAUAGAUAUUUAGACCGUUGGGUUUCGCGUGCUACAGGUGCAAAAAAAGGAGGUCGAUAGAAGUGAGUUGGACCGGCGCUUUCGUCGAAAAACAUUCCGGCGAAGAAAUUUUGGGGCAUCAACUUCCAGCCGAGGAGGCGGAGUCUGAACUUAUUAAAAGGAACUUGCCGAGGCUCGGACGCCCGCAAAUAUGAUGAUGAUGUCUCUGAACAGCAAGCAGCCUUUCGCCAUGGCCCACACCAGCUUGCCCGAACCCAAAUACUCCCUCCAUUCCUCCUCGUCCUCCACAUCCAUCGCCACGUCCUCCUCCUGCGCUUCCUCCCGCCACAGCAGCACCAUCAUCAGCAGCAGCGGCAGAGCCUGUCUCCCAACCCCACCGAGCAAUAUAUUCGGAGGAUUGGAUGAGAGUUUGUUGGCCCGGGCUGAAGCUCUAGCGGCGGUGGAUAUAGUCUCGCAGACCAAGAGCCACCACCACCCUCCACACCACAGCCCCUUCAAGCCGGACGCCACCUACCACACCAUGAACUCUCUCCCCUGCACCUCCUCGUCCUCCUCCUCCGUGCCUAUCUCUCACCCCUCCGCCUUGGCUGGACACCACCAUCACCACCACCAUCAUCACCACCACCAGCCCCACCAGGCGCUGGAAGGAGACCUCCUGGACCACAUAACGCCGGGGCUGGCGCUCGGAGCCAUGGCAGGACCGGAUGGCUCCGUGGUCUCCACGCCGGCGCACCCAGCUCACAUGGCGGGCAUGAACCACAUGCACCAGGCGGCUAUCAACAUGGCACACGCCCACGGGCUGCCCCCUCACAUGGGCAUGAACGACGUGGACGCCGAUCCACGGGACUUGGAAGCCUUCGCGGAGAGGUUUAAGCAAAGACGGAUCAAACUCGGGGUGACCCAGGCGGACGUGGGGUCAGCGUUAGCCAGCUUGAAGAUCCCCGGCGUGGGGUCCCUCAGUCAGAGCACCAUCUGCCGAUUCGAGUCGCUGACGCUGUCCCACAACAACAUGAUCGCGCUGAAACCCAUCCUGCAAGCCUGGCUGGAGGAAGCCGAGAAGUCGCACCGGGAGAAACUAAACAAGCCCGAGUUGUUCAACGGAGCCGAGAAGAAGCGCAAGCGCACGUCGAUAGCGGCGCCGGAGAAGCGCUCACUGGAGGCCUACUUCGCCAUCCAGCCGCGACCCUCCUCCGAGAAAAUCGCAGCCAUCGCAGAGAAGCUGGACCUGAAAAAGAACGUGGUUCGGGUCUGGUUCUGCAACCAGCGACAGAAACAGAAACGAAUGAAGUACUCUGCAUGUGUCUAAAAAUACUAAAAAAAGAAAAAAAAAAAGAAAAAAGGCGGACAAUGACAGACUUUGGAGAAGAUUUGUAUCAUAUCUCACAUCUUAUUUGCCAAACCACGAUGAGAAUUCCUUUAAAUUAAAAAAAAAAGAUGGCUGAUGUGGAGCAUCGAGCAAGUAAGACCACCGUUUCACACUUUUUCAUCUUUUGUUAUUUAUAAAACACCAUAUUUAACGCGUGGGGGAAAAAAACUGAAAGCACUUCACUGUUUAUAUUUUCUAUUUCCUUCUUAAGAGGAGUCGAACUAAAGAUUGCCAAAAAUCCUGCUGUACAUUAAUGAUUUACUCAUCCCGCACUUCAUUUCGUGUCUUUACAUGUGCUUUACUCGUCUUUAGUUAGAAACAAGCUACUGUUCGUAAUAAACAGGCCCCGUUUUGUAAAGACCUUUCAUUGCGAUUUAAAAAUAUCAUCUCCCCACCCGCUGCAAUAAGUUUACACACCAGCGUGGGCCGCCAUCUUAUGAACUAUUUAUUGAGUGAGGUCAUGUUUACUUCAUUACAUAUUUAUCGGGAUUCCCCCUCCUCGUUUUUGCCGGAGAAAAUCAAAUUCUGACAGCAAGUUAAGCGUGUUGUUCCUGUUGAAGGGAAAGUGAAAUAAGCAGUCGCCCUGUUUAUUUUAUUUUAUUUUUACUUCUAACGUACAAUCGAGAUAUAUAUGAGAUAUUAGUCUCUGUUCUCAAACUUAAUUUAUGUAUGUUUUCUUUGUACAAAUAUGCGCGCAUCACGAUUAAGAGGUCAUUGCUUGUUACAAAAAAAAUGAAUCACGUUGUUUAUUAUUUUUUUCUUAAAGAGAAAAGAAAUAUGUGUACAAUGUAAAUAUUUCAUUGGAAUCAGUCGAUGCACAUAAAUAUAUUCGUACAGGUUUUUGCUGUAUUGCUGUUUUAGCUGAGGUAAUUCUGUAUUGUAUGUUGGUUCAUUUUUUAUUUCACUCAUUUAAUUUAUUUAUGUGACUUUAUUUUUUAUUUAUUUAUUUAAAUAUUGAACUGAAAUGUGUUUCAUUAAAGAACAAACUUUAACAUUUAAUCAGACGGGCUUUUCUUCCCAUGUGUUUUUUUAAACUGUUCACCUUGGCGAAUUUGACGCUCGACUCCGUCGAUUGAUCACAUGACCAAGUUGGCCCUUCACUUCCUCCUAUUAGCGGAUAUCAACACUGCUAGUUGUGAACACGCUAUUUCCCCACUUGAAGAUAUAAACCUCCUCAAACGAUUAAUACAGCGUGGACAAAACCUAAAACAAAACGUGGCACAACAAACUAAAAGCCCGUCACAAGUUUAAAACGUUUACGCUUCGUUACUAGCCUUUUAGCUAACAUUGUCAAUAAAGUUGCCUGAUUCAAUGCAACCUCUAGUUUUUAGUGUUUGUUUUUACGUUAUUUCAAGUCAACAAAAUUGCAACUCUUCCGUGACAAUCUUUCAAACUAUUUCAGGAGUGUUUUA